AGCGCCCCGACGUCUGACGAACCGUCCGGAGUCACCUGUCCACAGCCCUCCUGGCCGGGGGCCGGGGGUAGGUGCAACGCCGCAAGUUGGCGGGGCGAGCGGCCCUCGGCGCGGCGCCACCGGUCCGCGGAAGCGGCCACCGCCCGGGCGAGGCGGGCCGGGCUUCCCGGGGCGAGUGGGGCGAGUACGGAGCGAGCGGCUCCGGCGGUGCCUGCCAGUGCUCGUGAGGCGGUGACGCCGCGAGGAGGUGCAUCGGAGAGUAGAGACGAACGACGCCACAGCUCAUUCUAUCUACGCACACAGCAGGCGACGCCAUGCCGAUGCCGACGUCGCUGAUGCCGUUAGCGGCCGAGGCCGACCUAUCGGAAGACGAAGACGUGCUGCAGGCGCUGCUACCCGGCCAGCUGUCCAGCCAGUUCCUGUUGCGCCGGAUGGACGAGAUUGUGCGCCGCUCGGUCAGCCAUGAAGACGACGCCAAGCAUCAAGAGCCAGCGGCCGGCACCAGUCAGCAGCAGCGCCUCUUCAACGCCUGCCUCACGGGCGACACGCAGCUGGCGACCGCCGCACUCGACGCCGGCGCCGACCCCAACGCCGACAUGCGCGCCGUGUCCAAGACAUCACGGAAGCGAACGCGUCUGAGCGGCGACAAUAAACGGCCGCACACGCGUCUGCAAUCGCCGCGUCGUCAGCAGACACUGCCCAGUCUGCUGCGGCGCAACAUCCUGCUUCACCUGGUGACGUCGCUGGGCGACUGCGACAUGCUCGACCUGCUGCUGCGGCGCGGCGCCGACCCAGCUACGCCCGACGCCGUCGGCGACACGGCGCUGCACGUGGUCAGUCGUGUGCACCACCCGAUCGACGUGACCAUCGAGCUCGUGCGGCUGCUGCGCGAGGCCGACGCGCCGCUGGAGGCGACGAACAUGGCUGGUCUGACGCCGCUGCAUCAGGCGGCCGCUGCCGGCAACACGGCCGCUCUGCUCACCCUGGUCGAACUGGGUGCCCGCUGCGCCGGCCAGGACGCACGCGGCAACACGCUGCUGCACGCAGCCGUCACUUCGGGCUGCGCCAGCACCGUGUCGGCGGCGCUCGACCGGCUGCCGGCCGCGGCGCUGCACCAACCUAACAAGGCCGGUCGCACACCGUUGCAGCAAGCCACGAACCGCGAGACUGUGCGACUGCUGCUGGCGGCCGGGGCGCGUGGAGACGAGCCCACCACACUGACGCUGCUGCAGAACGUGCCUUCGGCCGUGCCAGACGUGUUCGAGCACUACAUGACCACCAAUAACCGGCCGCUGGAUAGCUCCGAGCUCGAGGUGUACCUCGACUACAUGCCGUUCUGGGACGCCGAGCGCCAGCACCCGGCGCCCGAGACAGGCGUACUCCGAGCCAUCGUCGACGCCGACCAGGACGAAUUGCUCAAGCACCCGCUGGUCGAGACGUUCCUGCACAUCAAGUGGUUGCAGGUCCGCCGCUUCUUCAUCUUCAACUUCGCGUUCUACGUGUGCUUCGCGCUGCUAGUGACGGGCUACGGGAUGAUGUGUGUUAUGCAACCGUACGCGGCAGCGACGAAGGUACUGGCCUGCAUCUCCGGCCUGCUCACCAUCGCCGCCGCCAUCCGCGAGACAUUCCAGCUGCUGUACAGUUGGCGGCUGUACGUACGCAGCGUUGAGAACUGGUUGGAGCUGGUGAUCAUCGUGCUCAACUCGGCGCUGCUCAUCGGCCACAACUCGUACGGCGGUUGGGUCCACCACACGGUCGCCUGGCUGAUGCUGACUGUCUGGCUGGAGAUGACCCUUAUGGUGGGCCGUUUCCCUAGCAUCGGCAUCUACAUCUACAUGUUCGUUCGCGUCGCUCAGAAGCUGGUCGGGUUCUUGCUCGUCUACUCGCCGCUGCUGGUGGCGUUUGCACUCAGUUUCCAGGUGCUGUUUGGCGACAAAACUGCCUUCCAUACCAUCCCGCAUGCGCUCAUCAAGACGUUCGUCAUGAUGAUGGGGGAGUACGACUAUGAUGGCAUGUUCUCAAACGACGAGUCGAUCGUUUAUCCGGGCACGUCUCACUUCGUCCUGAUCCUGUUCGUCGUCAGCAUGUCCAUCAUCACCGUCAACCUGCUGAUCGGUCUCACUGUCAACGACAUCCAGGGCCUGUUCAAGACGGCCGGCGUACAACGGCUGCGUAUGACUGUCAUCCAGAUCCUCUACAUCGAGUCGGUCAUCUACUCCAACGUCCUGUACACGGUGUUUCGCUCGCGCAUCUGUCAGCGUAUGCAGGCCAAGUUGACGCUGCUGCCGAAACUGCUGUUGCGUCAGGUGGACAACCGCCUGUCGGGCCAGCCGGCAGCGGCCACCACCUGUACGCCGGCAGACAAGACCGAGAACGGUGACAGCAGUGGCGAAGGCGACGACGGCGAGCGCAUUUUGCGAGCCUCAUUCCGUCCCAACAUCAAGGGCCACGCGCGACUAUACCGCACAGCCGGUACUGGAGAUCUGCGCCCCACCCGCUAUGUCAUACACAACUGGAUGGUGCGCAACAUGCUGGCGCUGUUGCGCGGCCGCGCAGCCGACGCCGACCGGGAGACCCGCGAACAGCUGCUGCAGGCCGAGAUACUGGCGGCUGUGCGCGCCAAGACCGGCGAGCUCGGCCCGUUCUACGAGAUGCCUGAGGCGGAGCUAGGGCCGGACAGCGCGCCCGCCUCCGGCCGCCAGACGCCAGCCGCCGGUGACGGCGACGGCGACGACCAGGCCCAGCCAGAGGGCGCCGGUCGCAGCCGGCGCGGUCGCCGCCGCCGCAAGAAGGCUAUGGCCAGCCGCGACUCGCUGGAGGAGCUCGGCCAGAAGCUGAACACGGUGCUGGCCGCCGUGGCCGAGGUGUCGCUCAAGAUGGGUAUCAUCGAGCGCCGUCUCAACUUGACCAACCCGCCGCAGCUCGACACAUUUUACUCGGUCUGAGCACUGCUGGCUGUCUCGCCCCGAGCUCCGACCCGGCCCGGGGUCACAGAGGCCCAGGCUGGGACGUCAGCUGCGCCGGCCCGCUUCUCGGGCGAGAGAUAGCGGACUGGACGAAGUGAGUGAAAUCAAAUCCCAGGUUUUAGUGUGAUAAACGCCAUCAAUGUGGAGCAGUGUAAUGAAGAAGCGACCGCAUCUAGUGUGAAUUGCGUCUUAUGUUGCGUUGUGUGGUGCUGCCCAUGUGUGCCUAACUGCUAUAUUAAGUUUAUUUAGUGCCUGUGACAGUGAUAGUUUCAUUGUUGCGGGAACGUCGUUGCCGCCGAGAUAACCAUGCGAGUCAAAUGAAUCGCUCAGUAUGCGUUCUGUUUCAGGGCAAGUUGUGUUUGGUAGGUUGUCAAGAUUUAUCUCCGUGAGCUCCUCAGAGUAUUGCGUAAUAUUCUGAAAGAUGCCACGGCUGAACACUGUUGUCAGCAAUGCUCAUUUUGCUCCAAAUAUAGCAGGCUGGGUUGAGAGAUGA